CUUCUGUUUACUCUGUGGCUAAACAGUAAAGUGUAAACAUGGCGGAUAAUAAAAUGACAAGUUUAAGUUAUUUGCGUUCAUAGUGAGCUAAAUAUUAUUAAAAAACAAGCAUGAAACACUGUUGUUUAUUUGUUUAAGUUUAUUAUUAUCAAAAGUUUAUAUAUCAAGAUAUUUUUGUUGUUGAACGUUUAACAUGUCGAAUGAUAGUUGGAAAUUGGAGAGCGAUCUUUGUCGCUGUUGUCAUAGUGAGGGAAAAUUUAAAAAUCUGUCGAUGCCGUGUAAAAAUUCUGAUUUUGAAGAAAUAUAUUCGGAUAUGUUGAAGAACUGUUUUGAUAUUAGCCUUGAGCCCAUAGAGGGCUUGCUCUGUACGGCUACAUACACAAUAUGCGAUGGCUGUAUAUGCCGUCUGCGGGAUGCUACAGAUUUCCGGAAGCAGGUGCUGGCCUGUGAGGAGAGGUUCCGAGAUAUGUACGACAGGAAUGUGUUCAAAGCAACGGAACCAGUUGUGGUCGGAGUUAAAGAUGAACCGGAUACAUUUACAGAUGCUGAUGAGGAAUUUAAAAAAGAAAGCUCACAGGACGACAACGACGAAUUUGAAGACUCUCUGGACAUGCAUUAUGAAGAUGAUCACACACAAGUAGUUGAAAGCACGAAAAAGAAGAAGAAAUCGAAAAAGACUGAUAAGAAGGGUUGCCGAGCAGUCGGCAGACCGCGGAAGGAGAAACAGGACUCUCUAGAAGAUGAACAGGGGAAGAAGAAAGGCCGGAAAGUGGUGCCGAAAUUUCAUCUAAUGGACGAAGAUUACACUCAGCAGGGCGACAUAUACCAAUGUUCGAGAUGCGACAAAAAAUACGACAAAUAUUUCUCAUUAAGAUUCCAUGUCAAGACGAAACAUUACAAAAUACCUAGGUUUUCAUGUCCAAUCUGUUUGAAAGAAUUCAUGACGCCGGCCCCCCUAACCGUACACAAGUUAGAAAUACAUAACAUCGACGACAGAUUCAAAUGCAAAGCUUGUAAGGGAAUUUUCAAUACGAAAGUUCAGUUAAGAAAGCAUAUUAACAAUUUCCACAUGUUAGGCGAGAUUUAUAAAUGUGAAUUUUGCGAGUACGAGUCGUUUAGCUUCGAAGGGGCCACAUCGUACUACACAGUUACACAGAACUCUUACAAAUGCAACAUUUGCGCCAAAUCGUACGCAUCACAGCCUUUAGUGUCGCAACACUAUCGAUUCGUGCAUCUAAAGAGACGUCCCAAAGACAGAAAAUGUCCGAAAUGCGACGAAAGAAUACCGGGUUACUUAAGGGCUAAGCAUUUAGAAAAAAAACACGGUAUACCCGCUCCAACCUGUGGAGUUUGCAACAAAAAGUUCCGGUUCCCUUGCAACGUUUUACAACACCAAAGAAAAGUUCAUAUGGGAGAAAAGAAGGUGUGCUGCCAGGUUUGCGACAAAAGCUUCUUUGACAACUUAACUUUAAAAUUGCAUAUGGCAACACAUUCGGAAGAAAAGAGGUUUAAAUGUAGUAUCUGUGGUAAAAUGUUUCGUUGGGAGAAUAAUUUGAAGGAUCACGUCAAAAUACAUACUGGGGAGAAGAAGUUUGCUUGCUGUGUGUGCGAAAAGGCCUUUAUUCAGAAAUCUACUUUAAAACAACAUAUCGGAAGAAAUCAUCCGGGUGUUGACAAAGCACAAAACAGGCUACCUACUACACUUUAGAAACAGAAGAGGAUGGAGCAAAAAAAUACACGUGUACAACGUGCAAGCGAUCAUAUAAAUCAUUAGGCAGCGUCGUACAACACUAC